CGCUACCGUCGCUAUCGUCGUUGUCGUCAUCGUCGACAGAGUAGCAAAGCAAGAGAACAAUCUGCGUUUUCUGUGUGUUGCGUUUUGUAGUCUUGUGCCGUCACGUAUCAUUCAUACGUAGCAAAAGUUAGUUUUUUUCAAUCGCUCUACGUUUCACAGAGGACGCCGCAGUAAAUAGAUAAAUAAAGAAAAGUGUUCGAUAUUGUAUUCCAAGUGUUGAAGUCGCCCGUCAGAUCCGUGAGUUUAAUUGUUUCUUGAUUCGCUCACUUCGACACGUGAACCAUGAAUGAAGAAUACGACGCGAUUGUCCUCGGCACUGGCCUUAAGGAGUGCAUCCUCUCGGGUAUGCUCUCCGUCAGCGGCAAACGAGUGCUGCACAUCGACCGCAACAAGUAUUACGGUGGCGAAUCGGCCUCCAUCACGCCCCUCGAGGAUCUCUUCGCCAAAUUCAAGGCUCCAGCGCCGGACGAAAGUUAUGGCCGUGGUCGGGAUUGGAACGUCGAUUUAAUUCCCAAGUUUCUGAUGGCCAAUGGUCUUCUUGUCAAACUGCUCAUUCAUACGGGCGUGACGCGUUAUCUUGAGUUCAAAUCGGUGGAAGGUUCAUACGUGUACAAAUCAGGUAAAAUCUCCAAGGUCCCGAUUGACCAGCAGGAAGCUCUGUCUAGUGAUUUGAUGGGUCUGUUCGAGAAGCGGCGGUUUCGCAGUUUCCUCAUGUGGGUACAAAACAUGCAGGAGGAUGAUCCAAAGACGUGGGAAGGUUUUGAUCCCUUCAAUAAUAGCAUGAGUGCGCUUUAUAAUAAAUUCAAUCUCGACAAGAACACACAAGACUUCACUGGACACGCGUUAGCAUUAUACAGAGACGACGACUAUAUAAAUCAAACCGCGAUAACAACCAUAAGAAGAAUCAAACUGUAUAGUGACAGUUUAGCGCGGUAUGGGAAAUCGCCAUAUCUCUAUCCGAUGUACGGUUUGGGCGAACUUCCUCAGGGAUUUGCACGACUCAGCGCCAUUUACGGCGGCACUUACAUGUUGGACAAACCGAUCGAUGAAAUCGUCAUAAAAGACGGCAAGGUAGUCGGCGUGCGUUCCGGCGAUGAAGUGGCUCAAUGCAAACAAGUUUUUUGUGAUCCUACGUAUGUACCUGAUCGUGUAAAAAAAGUUGGUCAGGUGAUAAGGUGCAUAUGUCUUAUGGAUCAUCCGAUUCCGAACACAGCUGACGCAUUAUCUACGCAAAUUAUUAUUCCUCAGAAACAGGUUGGCCGUAAUUCUGAUAUUUAUGUGUCUCUCGUGUCGCACACUCAUCAAGUCGCGGCAAAAGGGUGGUUUAUCGCCAUGGUUUCGACUACAGUGGAGACGAAGAAUCCAGAAACCGAGAUUAAGCCCGGUUUAGAUCUGCUCGGUCCAAUCAGACAAAAGUUUGUUAGCAUCUCUGAUUACAUGGUGCCAGUGGAUGACGGUCUUAAUAGUCAAAUAUUCAUAUCUACCAGCUACGACGCGACCACACAUUUCGAGACUACAUGCUUGGAUGUGCUUGAUAUAUUUAAGCGCGCCACUGGCGAGGAAUUCGAUUUCAAUAAAGUCAAGCACGAGCUCGGCGAUGAGGAUCAGUAACCAUAAUCAUAAAAAGCACGCAUUUGCUACAUCAUAUUGCUGGGAAAUCCAAAUAUUUGUCCGGUGAACUCGUAUUCGAAUAAACAAAAGAAAUAUUACUUGAUUACCGAUCGUGAUCGGUACGCGACAGUGUCUCAAAGCAGAAAGAAAAGUCAUGCUGCGAGCAGAGACCUGUGCCUAAUUACAUAUAAAUUCUCUCCUAUAAAGAUAGAAGACAAAGUAAAGUACUAACUAAAUUCUCUUUCUCUGUCUCUUUAUUCACCUUGUUCUAUUCUCAUUCUAGUAUUUUUACGAAUCUUUUGAAGAACGUAAAUUCUCUACGUUUACAGAAAAAAACUUUUGGACUCUAUUUCUACGAACUUUGUGUGAACUUUGGAUUAUAAAGGAAGAUAACUUAUAAAUUUAUAUUUAUAGAUAACUUAUAAAUUUACAUUUUGCACAUACACAAAAAUUCAAUCUCUGAUAUAGGUUGAAAUGAGAAUCAAUAUAAAAAAAAGAGACAAGUAAAGUAAAAUCCAGAUGUUUAUUAUUGUGUGUAUACAUAUGUGUAUCAUAUUUUCAUGUACCGAGAUACAAACAAAACGUUCAUCGGCAGAUUAAAUUGUACAAAAAAAAAAAAAAUAAAAAAAAUAAAAAAUAAAAAAAAAAUUACCGAAACAUCACUGCACUAUUACAUAAGGUGCAAUAUAUCGUGAACCUCUGAUGAUCAAUUGAUGUAUCAUUUAUUUAGACUAAGUAAUAAAAUGUUCUUAAAAAAAUGUCAGUUGCUGUCAAUGGGAGAAAACUUGAAUUUAUUAUAUAAAUUUUAUCUUCAGGUUAUCUAAGUUGCAUUUAUCAUCAGGAAAAAAAAUGAGUAAUAUAAUAAUAUAGUUUUAUACAUAUGUAUAUCACAAGAGCGAUUCAAGGUGUUUUAUUGGUAAUUGUUCCUUUGUGCUUAUCAAUCAUGUAAUAAAAUUAGAUUUAACAUCUAGAUAACUCAUAGAUUAUUUGAUAUGUAUAUUUGUGUACAUGUAUAAUUAUGUAAUUGUGUGUUUUACUUUUUGCAUUUAUUUAUCUUCGAAGAAAUUUUUAUUCCCAGAGAAAACAAAUCAUAACUAUGGUUAGCAAAGUUAGGUAUCUUUAAGCAAACACUGUAAAACAAAAUUAGAAAUAGAUAAGUCGUAUGCACACUUGAGACAAAGUCAGUAGAACGGUUUGGAAAAAAGAUCACUAGACGAAUACGAAUAGUGACAUGUUGUAAUAAGGAUAUCUGGAACAGUCAAGUGCAGUUCUCAUUAUGGAUAUACAUAUUAUAGAUCUAUAUAUAGUAUAUAUAUAUUAUAUAAUUACAAAAAAAAAAAAAAAAAA